UAGAAGGGGAUUUUUCUUCCCCCCCUCAAGGCUGGGGACGGCGACGGUGGCGGCGGCCUAAGCGGGGCUGCGUGAGCCAUGUCAGCGGGCGGCGCGGGGCAGCGCGAACCUGGGGCUUCGGGAGGGCGACGCAGCAAAUGGGACCAGCCUGGUCCGUCUCCAGCUCUCUUCCUGCUCCCUGCUACCACCCCUGUUGCUGGCCGUCCCGUCCAGGGCAGCGGAGACGGGAUGUCGGGCUCUGAGGGUUCGGCCGCCCCGCUGGGCGCUCUCGAUGCCGCUGCUGCAGUGGCAGCCAAAAUCAAUGCCAUGUUAAUGGCGAAAGGGAAGCUGAAGCCAUCGGCAAGUUCAACCGACAAGCUUCAGGCUCCUGGGAAAGGCUCAGCAGGCAGCAAAAGCAAGGAUGACCUGGUGGUAGCAGAAGUAGAAAUCAAUGAUGUGCCCCUAACAUGCCGAAACCUGUUGACCAGAGGACAAACACAGGAUGAGAUAAGCAAGUUGAGUGGUGCAGCUGUCUCAACUCGCGGGAGGUACAUGACUGUGGAAGAGAAAGCCAAAGUUGGACCCGGAGAUCGGCCCUUGUACUUGCACGUCCAGGGACAGACUCGAGAACUGGUGGACAGAGCUGUAAACCGAAUCAAAGAAAUCAUUACUAACGGCGUCGUGAAAGCUGCUACUGGGUCCAGUCCAACAUUUAAUGGAGCUACAGUGACCGUUUACCACCAGCCUGCUCCUGUCACUCAGCUGCCAAGUGUUGGCCACAAGCCUCCGUUCCAGUCCGGAGGAAUGCAUUACGUCCAAGACAAGUUGUUUGUUGGCUUGGAACAUGCCGUACCGACCUUCAACGUGAAGGAGAAAGUGGAGGGCCCAGGCUGCUCUUACCUGCAGCACAUUCAGAUUGAGACGGGCGCCAAGGUGUUCCUCCGAGGGAAGGGCUCUGGCUGCAUCGAACCUGCCUCUGGCCGAGAAGCCUUUGAGCCUAUGUACAUUUACAUCAGCCAUCCCAAACCAGAAGGCCUCGCAGCUGCCAAAAAACUCUGUGAGAACUUACUGCAAACUGUUCAUGCUGAAUACUCACGGUUUGUGAACCAGAUAACCACGGCGGUGCCCUUAGCAGGGUUCGCUCAGCCUGCAACGGUGGCCACAGUCCCCCCUCAGCCACCUUAUUACCCACCCAACGGCUUCCAGGCUGGCUAUCCGGUGGUUCCUCCACCUCAGCAACCAGUGCAGCCUCCUUAUGGCGUGCCAGGCAUUGUGCCUCCUGCCGUCCCAUUGGCGCCAGGAGUCUUGACCCUUCCCACGGGAGUCCCUCCUGUGCCCACCCAGUACCCAAUUCCUCAAGUGCAACCACCUGCAAGUACUGGCCAGGCGCCUCUGGGCCCUUCGCUUCUUCCCGCCGCCCCUGGAAAGACCGCUUUGCCGGCCAAUACGCAGCUGCCAGGCCAACCCCAACUGGGCCAGAAGAGGCGCUUCACAGAAGAGCUGCCGGAUGAGCAUGAAUCCGGGCUGCUGGGCUACCAGCAUGGACCCAUUCAUAUGACUAAUUUAGGUGCAGGCUUCUCCAGUCAGACCGAGAUGGACGCAGCCGGCGCGAAACCAGCAAGUUCCUCAGGAAAGGAGAGAGAGAGGGACAGGCAGCUGAUGCCUCCGCCGUCUUUACCAGUAACCGGAAUGAAAGCCGAGCCUGACGAUCGAAAUGGGUCCCUGGGCGGCAAUGAUCAUCCAGCGAAGAAGAUGAAAGCGAACGAGAAGGGGUUUGGGUUGGUCGCUUACACCGGCGACUCCUCGGACGAAGAGGAAGACCACGGCGGGCAUAAAAACGCAAGUAGCUACUCGCAGACGUGGAGUUUAGGAUACCAGUACCCUUCCUCCCAGCAACGGGCGAAGCAACAGAUGCCGUUCUGGAUGGCCCCUUAGCCGCCUGCCGCAGACACUUCCAUCUUCCGUCUCUCUCUCUCCAAGCAAUAAUGCAUGUAUAUUAUAUUAAAAAAAAAAACAAUAUCUGCAAAACGUACGUCAUCCCUGACAUCUUGACGCAAGCUUUUGAGAUGCAGAAUGCCCUUUCCGUGGAUAUGUUUAUUUUUCUUUGGAUUUUUUUUCCUCGCUGUUUCUGCAGUGGACUUGUUUGUCGAAAUCAGCUUUCAAAUCUCAGAACUCAGUUGCAGAUAACUUGGGAAUAACUUCCUCCUCUCUUCCAUUUUACUGUGAACUUCUUCCCUCGCUUUGAAAGAGGAGACUGCCUACUGAACUUGUGACUUUCUUCCACUCGUAUUUCUGUUUAUGAUAGGGUUUUAAACGCUUGUGUGUGAUGCUAGGAUGGAACGGGUGCCAGAAAUCUUGUCCUGAGAACCAUCACCUUUGAAAGGAAAAACGUAUUUCCGUUAUUAGCCCUUUCCCCCGCUUUAAAAUUUCAGUUUUCAUAGCUUUCAUAGCUGUUUUCUAUGGUGGAUUAUUUUCUGCCCCUUUCCUCUCAAUUUUGCCAAGUUCAGUUAGUCAGGGAACCCUGUAUAGCUUCCUCGUGGGGCAUUUAGGGCAGUAAGUACCCAUCCUGAAUUGUUCCCUUUCUUUGACCUCCACAUUGGACAUCGUGAUGUACUUGGAUCUCCGGCUCGUCGGCCCAAAAUUGCUUUGGCAGCGAUUGCAUCGUUACAAUCUGGCUCCGAACAGACUUUGAGCUCGUAACUUCAAAUGUUUUGGAGGAGUGCCGUCACAGCAGAAGAGAGAGAGAAAAAAUGAAUUUUGGGGUUGUUUUAUAGUGACUCGAAAUUGUGACAGGCUCCCCUUUGAGGCUCUUUGGCAGCCAUUUCAAUCUUAUGCAGCUGUUAAGGGACACCAAGGAUCAAAGCUCCUUGUAUGAAAACAGCAAGUAAAGGUUUGAAAAGUAUUGGAAUAUAUGUCAGUUUUUUUUCCUUCCGCAGGAAUGAUCCCUUCUCUAAAGAAAGCCCCCCUCCCCCCACUUGUUCUUCUGGUUUUCUACAUGUAAAUAAAUGGAUCCAUAGUUUCA